AGAAACGCGUUAAAAUUCCAUAUACUUCACAAUCCCCGCCACAUCGCGAUUUCCGUCAAAAUCAGUUCCUUGUGUGAUUUUAUAUCAUGAAAUUAUAGGACAUUAUUUUGCGAACAAUAUUAUCGUUAGAUACUAUCUAAAUUGUACGUCCUCAAUUUUAACAUCCAACUGUAUGAAAUAUGUGUCAGUUUUCGUCUUUUAAAAUGUUGUUAAGAUUAUUCACCUUUACCGGGAUGUCAACCUGGAACCGCCAAGGUUUCCGGGGGAACUUUUAAUACGGAGCACAUACAACAAACCAGGAAGUCAAACAGUACUUAACUUUAUCAUCGGUGGGUUUUAGCAGAUCUGGAAAACAAUAAACAAUUAAGCAAUAAUAAUGCUAAACACGAAUGCUGUAUAGUAAUAAACUUAUCCUACAAUCAAUCAAGCCAGAGAUUGAAUAAUAUGUAUAUUCUUAUCAACAGGCUAUGGAGUGUAGUGCCUGAAUGUUUUUAGGAGUACUCUGACUACCCUAUUUAAUUCUCCGAUUUCUGUAUCUGGUAUCCAGCAAUAAAAAUAAAAAAAAACUAUGACACAAAACAAUGUUCCCGGCAUGGAGGCGUCCGCUGUUUCCAUCCUCAAGAGAGCCGUGGAGCUGGACAAUAUCGGCCGCUUCCAGGAGUCCAUAGUUUGCUACCAAGAAGGAAUCCAGUUGCUGCUGGACGUGCUAAAAGCGCUCAAGGAUGAGACGAAGAAGGCGCAUUACAGGGAGAAGAUCAGAGGGUAUAUGGAGCGAGCAGAACAGAUAAAAGCGCAUCUGGUCCGAGAGAAAGAAGAGGGUAAAUAUCACGAACAAAUUAAAAUCACAGAGGAUGCCACAGGCUUCAGCUAUGAGACACUCUUCAAGCCAUACAUCAGCGAAACUCUGACAGAGGUGUGGGUGGAAGAUCCAUACAUCAGACACAUCCACCAGCUGUACAACUUCCUGCGGUUCUGCGAGAUGCUACAAAAGGCCCCAUGCCAAGUGAAGAGGAUACACCUCCUGACCUCCCAGGACGAUGGUGAGAAUUCCUCUCAGCAGCUAAACGCUCUCACCGAAAUCAAGCAGUCCCUGCAGACUUUUGGAGUGACCCUAGACAUUGAGUAUUCCUCCAUCAUUCACGACCGGGAAAUCCGAUUCAAUAAUGGGUGGAUUAUCAAGAUUGGAAGAGGACUUGAUUACUUUAAGAAACCAAAGGGCCGAUUCACUGUCGGAUAUUGUGACUUUGACCUGAGACAAUGUCAGGAGACCACGGUGGAUGUCUUCCAUACAAAACAUACAAGAUCAUCUUAGCCCCAGGCUGCUAUGGCCGCAAAAGCUCUCUGACAUGGACUGUAUUUAUGGAGGGAGUGAAAGGAAAAUGUGUUUUCCCAGUACAGAAGUCUGUCAACAGCUGAUCUGCUAUUCGUGUUGUAGGAUUAUACUACUUGAGGGAUGGACUCUACAAUACCAAGAAAAAGUGCCUGUAAUAUUAUUAACCAAAUGCCAUGUGUUCAGUUGUGGACAAAGGUCGUUAUUUUUCAUUAAGAUGUCAAAUUGGUUGUAAUAUGAAGUAAAUGUAUAUACUGAAUAUAGUACAGAAGUAAACAGCUUUAAAUAUUA